AUGACCUCAUAUGAUGUCCUUGUCACCGGUUCAGCAGGCCAUCUCGGCACUGCUCUCAUGCUCUUCCUUCCUUCACUAGGCUUCAGACCUUUCGGCAUCGAUAUCUUACCCUCCUCUACCACCACACGCACAGGAUCUAUUACGGAUCGAGCUUUCAUAACCUCCAUUUUGAGGUCCCAACCCAUCAAGCACGUCCUCCACGCGGCAACGUUGCACAAGCCACACAUAUGCAGCCAUGAUACCGAGCAGUUUAUCUCGACGAAUAUUCUUGGAACGCUAGUCCUGCUUGAAGAGUCAGCCAAAUUCAGGGACCGAAUCGAGAGCUUCAUCUUCUUCAGCACCACGAGCACGUUCGGCAUGGCACUGAGUCCCAAGCCGGGAUCCCCCGCCGCGUGGAUAGACGAAACCGUUGUCCCCGAACCCAAAAAUAUAUAUGGCGUGACAAAGGUUGCAGCGGAAGAUCUCUGUGCUCUGAUCCAGAAGCAGAGUGGCAUGCCGGUGCUGGUUCUCCGUACGAGCCGCUUUUUCCCCGAGGAGGACGACGAUGAGGGGCGCCGCGCGGCCAUGGACGAUGAGAACUUGAAGGUCUUGGAGCUUGCUUAUCGGAGAUGCGAUAUUGAGGAUAUCGUGCGGGCAUCGGUCUGCGCGAUGAAGAAGGCGAAGGAUAUUCGCUGGGGAAAGUACAUUAUCAGCGCUCCCCCACUCUUCAACAACGACACGCACACGCUCGACAGGCUCAACCGCAACCCAGCAGAGGUGUUUAACGAGAUGUGUCCGAGAGUAGGUGCCGUGUUUGAGAAAAAAGGAUGGAAGCAUCUCCCGAGGAUUGAUCGGGUGUAUGAUUCAAGCAAGGCGAUGAGGGAGCUGGGAUGGGAACCACAGUAUACAUUCGAAACGACGGUGGAGAGGUUAGCAAUGGGUAGAGAGUGGAGGAGUGAGUUGACGGCGAAGGUAGGCAGGAAGGGCUACCAUGCUGUCACCACUGGGGUUUAUACAAAGCGAUAA